UUUUUAAACUAAAAUUUCAAUAUGAACCUGGUCCAUGGUAUAACAAUGGGUUAUUGACUUCUUAUUAGCGACUCUCCUCCGACUCCGAUUGUUUUCUCGGCCAACAACCGGCGAGAUGUUCAUCGCAAGAAUUUUCACUACCACCCGGUACUCCCCUCCCUACCGCUGCUCACUGUUUUCUCUAUUUCCAUUUUCAACCAUCGACAUUCACGUUAAUCACCUGGAGAACAAAUCGCCAUCCGAGGAGCACACUGAAUACGAUUGUCGUCACAUCGGUGAAUCCGAUAUCCUAAAUCAGUUGUCUGAGCUUUUACCAAUCCGUCACAUCGCUUCAAUUCGAAAAUCCACUGCAGUGAGUUCGUCUGACACACAAAAGCAAUCGGAAACUAUGGCCCUUGAUGGGUUUUUACCGCCCGAAGAUAAGUUCCGAGGGAUUUUUCUUCAGAAACUCCGCGGGAUAUCUGCAAUUGAGAGGGCAUUAGCUUCUGUUGGUUUAGACCCAACACUCGAUUUAGUAGCUAAAGUUGUGAAUAGAGGAAAUUUAGGAGGUGAGGCCAUGGUUACGUUUUUUAGUUGGGCGAUGAAGCAGAAAACUAUAGCAAAAGACGCAAAUACUUACAAUGUGAUUCUUAAAGCAUUAGGAAGAAGGAAAUUUUUCACGCACAUGAUGGCAUUAUUCGAAAACAUGAGAGUCGAGGGGAUUACUCCUACUUCAACUACAAUUUUCAUUGUUUUGGAUAGUUUCAUUCGAGCCCGCCAAGUCUCAAAAGCUAUCCAAUUGUAUAGGAAACUAGAGGACUAUGGUUUAAAAUGUGAUACCGAAGCUUUGAAUGUCCUUUUGCAGUCUUUGUGCAGGAGAUCACAUGUGGGUGCUGCAAGUUCCUUGCUUGUUAAAAUGAAAGAGAGAGUGGCCUUGGAUGGUAUGACCUAUAGUAUAGUCAUUGGUGGGUGGGCAAGAUUUGGUAGAGUUAAUGAAAUUGAGAAAGCUUUGAAAAAUAUGAUAGAAGAUGGUUUUGAUCCAGAUAACAUGACUUAUAGUUAUGUUCUUGAAGGUUUAGGAAGGGUUGGUCAACUUCAUGAUGCAAUUGAGAUAUUUGAAGGUCUAGACGAGAAAGGGCAUAAACAACAUGUUGAGGUUUACAAUUCAAUGAUUUCUAAUUUUAUCUCAGUGGGUCAGAUUGAUGAAGGUUUGAAGUAUUACCGAAGGAUGUUGAGUAACAACUGUGAGCCAAAUGCGGAGACAUAUACAAGGUUGAUAUUUGCUUUUCUCAAGGCCAGAAGAGUGGCUGAUACAAUUGAAAUGUUUGAUGAAAUGAUAGGCAAAGGUAUAAUUCCCAGUACUGGAACUGUAACCUCUUUUCUUGAGCCUUUAUGUAGCUAUGGUCCGCCUCAUGCUGCUUUGAUGAUUUAUAAGAAAGCUAGGGAAGCUGGAUGUGUGAUAUCACCGAGUGCUUUUAAGUUGUUGCUUAUGAGGCUUUCUAGGUUUGGUAAAUGUGGGAUGCUACUAAAAAUCUGGAACGAGAUGCAAGAAAGUGGCUAUUCUUCUGAUAUACAAGUUUAUGAAUAUGUCAUCAAUGGACUUUGCAACAUAGGGCAACUUGAGAAUGCUGUCCUUGUAAUGGAGGAAGCAUUGCAGAAGGGAUUUUACCCAAGCAAGCUUAUUUGUAGCAAACUGAGCAACAAACUGCUGGCAUUGAAUAAAAUAGAGACUGCUUAUAAGCUUUUCCUGAAGAUAAAAACUGCCCGUAGCAACCAAAAUGCUCAAAGAUACUGGCGUGCUAAAGGGUGGCAUUUCUAAUCUCUCAUGGAUGGUGCUGCCAUCAAUCCUGGAAACAGUGGAGGCCCUCUAUUGGAUUCAAAGUGAAACUUAAUUGGAAUUAACACUGCAAUAUUAACUCAGACAGAUAUGUUGGCUCCUGGAAACAGUCUUGCAGCUAAGGCUGGGAUUCUCCCCACCUCAAGGGGCUUUGCUGGCAAUAUUGUGCUUGGGGAUAUCAUUGAAGCAGUGGACAACAAGCCAGUCAGGAAUAAAGCUGAUUUGUAUAAAGUGUUGGAUGACUACAGUGUAGGGGACAAAGUCCAGUUAAGAUCCGAAGAGGAAAUGAAAACGUGGAGUUCUCUGUAGUUUUUGAGGAAAAAGAGUGACGAAGCUAGGCGCCUUGGAAUUGAAUUUUGCAUAUCCCGCUUAAUCAGAGUACGUACAUCUAUCCUUCCCUUUCUGUACAUUUGAUCCGUUUUUAUUAAAUUUGGGGCAUCAGAGUAUAUAGGCUUGUGUCAUUGAAGAAGUGAACUGGAAAUAUUAUACUGUUUCUCACUAGAAUUCCUACUGGUGUAUAUCAACUGUCUUAGAAUGUUCACCAAAAAAAAUCACAAUUAUUGCUGGGUGUUAGUUAACAGACAACCUAUCAAUUUGGAGUAUGUAGCAUAUUUCAUUGCAGAAAGUGAUUGGCUUGUUGGAUUGUUAGGCCAUCACACUAUUUUAUUCAAUCCGAAUUGAUUUCUUAUUACAAA